AUGUUAUUAUUAAAAACACGUAAUCAUAUAAUUAAAAGUAUCAAACUUAAAAAUCACACUUGUUUUACAAACUCUAUUUCUACUCCAACAAUCGUAAAAAAAAAUUGUUUGUUUUUAUAUAAUAGUUUUAGUAGUAGUAGUAAUAAUAUCAGUUAUAUAAAUAAUAAUAAUAAUAAUAAUAGUAGUAGCAAUAACAAUAACAAUAAUAAAAGUAAAAUUAACAAUAUCCAAGAGACAAAGAGCAGAAUGAUUGGAUCACCGGGAAUUCAAGCAAUGUAUCAACCAACAAAAAGAGACUAUGAAGAUUCUCUAAAUGCACUCUAUUCAUUGCAAUCGAAUGUCAGUACCAUACAAUCAUGGUCACAAACACGAAAAGUAAACAAAAUAGAUACCACUCAUCUUUUGAUGGAUGAAAUGACUGAACUUUGUCAACUUGUAAAUAUAAAUUUAGAUGAUAGAACAGUUAUACAUGUUGCAGGUACAAAGGGUAAGGGUUCAACAUGUUCAAUGGUGGAAUCGAUCAUAAGAAACAGUGGAUUCACCACUGGAAUGUUUACAUCACCACAUCUUAUUAGUCCACGUGAGAGAAUCAAGAUCAAUGGCGAGAUGGUUUCGAAGGAGUUGUUUGCCAAGCAUGUUUUCGCGUGUUGGGAUAUAUUCUCUGCGCAACAGGGAAUGAUCUUCCCACCGUUUUUCAAGUAUAUAACACUGGUUGCCAUGAGAAUCUUUCAAGAGUUGAAGUUGGACUGCAAGAUCUUGGAGGUCGGCAUCGGUGGUCGCGCCGACAGUACCAACGUGUUCCCGCGACCUGCAGUCACCGGAAUCACAGCGCUUGGCUUUGACCAUAUGAACGUGCUCGGUGAUACACUUCCAGAGAUUGCCUAUGAGAAGGCGGGAAUCAUGAAGCCUGAGUGUCCGGCAUUUACCGUGGAGCAGCGCGCCGACGCCAUGGAGGUGGUCGCGUCCUACGCGCAACAAAUUAAGUCGUCGCCACUCGUCGUCACACCCAACUACGAGAGUUACUUGCUCAACGCUAAAAUCGCCCUGGAAGGUGAGCAUCAGAAACAAAAUUCAUCGAUUGCCAUUGCACUUUGCAUUGUCUGGCUGAUGAACAGUCCGACUGUCAGCGACAGCCAACGACAAUCGCUAUUCUCUGAGAAUCAGCAGCAGUGGCGACAAUACGAUGCCAAGCUCAACAACUAUCGACCGGAACUCUUUCUCCCGCUACCAGAGUCGUUCGCACGUGGAUUGGCGACGGUAAGAUGGCCAGGUCGUGCACAGCAUUUUGUCAGUCUCGACUUGCCCAACGUCGAUUUCUUCCUCGAUGGUGCUCACACUCCUGAGAGUGCAGAGAUAUGCUCACAUUGGUGGAGUCAAAAGACAACAUCGACAACAAACAACUCUACUGUAGAAGAUAAUAACAACGGUAGCAACAACAACAACAACAACAACACAGGUUAUAUAUUAGUUUACAAUAGUACGGGUGGUCGUGAUCCAAACCUCUUUUUAGAACCAUUUUCAAAAUCGAUACGAUUGGAUGGUACACCAUCAUUCAACUAUGCAUUUGUACCAAUUAUCUCUGCGGAUGGAAAGCAAUUCAACACACAAGAUUGGGAACAAACAGUUACCAACUGCAUCGCCAAACAAUGUCAAGUCGACCCAACAAACAUUAGUAUCACCAAUGAUACCUCGUGUGCCAUCGAACACAUCCAACAAAUUUCACAAGCUCAACCAAACAAGAGAUUCAAAGUACUCAUAACAGGAUCAUUAUAUAUAGUAGGAUCAUCAUUGAAAUAUCUAACAAAAUCAUCCGAUUAA